AACUGUUCAGAGAACUGGGUGCAGCUGGAGAAACUGUUUUUACUUUACGCACCUUAUUGAAUUUGGACAGUUGGAACUAAUUGAAGAAACUGAUGGAGUACAUGCGACAUAUUGGAUUAUAUAAAAAGAUAUAGAUAAUUACUUUUAAUUAAGUUGUGAAUAGCGAUUAGAGAAAAGCGGAGGGCAGCAAUACGUCAUAAUGCGUCUAGCCUACCGGAAACAAGAAGAAGAAGAAAUAGGAGGAAGCCGUGUGGCCUGCAGGCCUGCAGGUGGCAGCAUUGAGCCAGCACACUGGUCUCCCAGCAACACGGUGUAAACAACGAGCAUGAGAGAGAGAGAGAGAGAGUAGAAGAGAAAUGAAUGAAACGCUGGUUUGACCCUGGUCAUUAAUGAGCUAGCGUUAAGUGCAUCCUGGAAGCACAACCCUACUAAAGCACAACUACAGAGGUGACAGGCAGCUGAUGGUUGCUGGCUAGCCAAUGGGGCUGUUUGACAGGUUGGCAGGAUGGCUGGGGUUGAAGAAGGAGGUGAAUGUGCUGUGUCUUGGUCUGGACAACAGUGGAAAAACCACCAUCAUCAACCAACUCAAGCCCUCUAAUGCCCAGGCACAAGACAUCGUCCCAACCAUUGGCUUCAGCAUAGAGAAGUUUAAGACAUCCAGUCUUUCCUUCACAGUGUUUGACAUGUCUGGUCAAGGCAGAUACAGAAACCUUUGGGAACACUACUACAAGGAAGGCCAGGCUAUCAUAUUUGUCAUUGAUAGCGCGGACAAACUGAGGAUGGUAGUAGCCAAAGAAGAACUGGACACAUUACUAAACCAUUCUGAUAUUAAACACAGGAGGAUCCCCAUUCUGUUCUUUGCUAACAAGAUGGAUGUCAGGGAUGCUCUGUCUUCUGUCAAGGUCUCACAGCUGCUCUGUUUGGAGAACAUCAAAGACAAACCCUGGCACAUCUGUGCCACUGAUGCUCUGAAAGGAGAAGGUUUACAGGAGGGAGUCGACUGGUUACAAGAUCAAAUCAAAACAAUGAGAACGUGAGGGCAUGAGGAUGGACACACCAGAAGUAGCAGCAUUCGUGGAAUUCUUUUAUGAAAGAUGAGUUAAGCCAGUUUUCAGAGGAUAGCGAUGUUUUAAAUGGGGUAUUUAGAUGGUCCUUGGGUAUGUGUCAAUUCGUUAAAAAAAUGAGUACCGGUACAUGAUUUGAUUUUUAUGGAACCAGUAAAAAUGCAUCCAGCGACAGUGCUGAGUCAAUUAUAAACACACAAAAUUGGCAACUGUAACACAUUUAUUUUUGGUGAAUUCUUACUUCUCCAUGCAAGUGUUACGAGUUUAAAGCUAUAGUGCAUAGUUUAUGUUGGCCCCAUGAGGAAUUCUAAGUAAUGACACCAACGCUGUCGGCGUGUCCACACGAUACAAGCCUUCCGUGAUUGCGCACCACCCCCACCCCUCCUCCACGCAGUUGCUAGUAGCCAAGGAGGAUACAGAGGAUUAAAAAAACAUGAUGGACUCUUCAGAAGAGGUCAUUAUCUUCAGCUUCUGCGCGUGAAAGUCACCGGACGACACAAUCUUGUGAACAUAGC